AACGACAACCACCACGAUCCUCCCCAUCACGAACACGCGUAAUGAAGGUGGCAGUCGAAGGAUGUUGCCACGGCGAGCUUGAUGACAUCUACGCGCACAUCUCCAAGUUAGAAACGCAAUAUGCGUAUAAAGUCAAUCUUCUUCUUAUUUGCGGCGAUUUUCAGGCCGUGAGGAAUCAUCGCGACUUGCAAUGCAUGGCCUCCCAUUUAUCGCACUCACAGCCGUAUAACCUAGGAUAUUAUACCGGUGAGAAGACAGCUCCCAUCCUCACUAUCAUCAUUGGGGGAAACCAUGAAGCGUCGAACUACAUGUGGGAACUUUAUCAUGGCGGAUGGGUAGCUCCUAAUAUCUACUUCCUCGGACAUGCCGGAUGUGUCCAGGUGAAUGGCAUACGUAUCGCUGGUAUAUCAGGGAUAUUUAAGGGAUAUAACUUCUCAUCAGGAAGCUACGAAAAAAUACCAUACGACUCCAGUACGAUCAGAAGCAUAUAUCACAUUCGCGAAUUUAAUAUUCGAAGGCUCUCUCUUCUCUCAAACCCUGAUGUCGUCCUGUCUCAUGACUGGCCACAAUCCAUAGAUCAGCACGGAGACGUACGAAACCUCAUCAGACGCAAGGCACACUUUCGUUCAGAGAUAGAGCAGGGUACAUUUGGCGCCCCGCCGCUUAUGGGACUUCUUCGCACGCUCAAGCCUUGUUGGUGGUUUGCGGCGCACAUGCACGUACGAUUUGAGGCAACCGUUGCGGAGCCACCACGAACCAAUCCGGACGAAAUAUCUUUGGAUGACGAGGAAGUCGAAGUCGUGGCGCCUCCGCCAAUACCUGCAUCCCGAUCUGAAACUAAAUACCUUGCGUUGGAUAAAUGUAUGCCCAAAAAGCAGUUUCUGGAGGUUGUUGAUAUACCUUCGCCGAAAGAUGUAUCAGACGAACCGCCAGUCUUAUGCUUCGACCCUGAAUGGCUGGCUAUCACGCGAGCCUUCAAUCCUUGGUUCUCUACUACACGAUAUCAACGUCCAUUCCCUGACGAGGCAGAGGCGCGUGAAAUGGUUCACAAGGAACUGGAAUGGGUGAAAGAGAACGUCGGCUCAGAAAAAACAGUCGAGUCAUGUCAGCAGUUCUGCGUAACCGCACCUGGGCCGGGCAGUGAGGGUGACCAGAAGUUUGAACAGCCGGCUAUGUUUCCUAAUCGACAAACUCGUAGCCUUUGCCAGCUACUGGGAAUAGAGGAUAAAAUCAAUAAGGGUGUCUGAUGUAUAGUUUUCUACCUUUUGUCUCUGAGCUCUGUCGUUUGUCGCAAUUUUGGAACACUUUAUAAAAUUUAAGGAAUGAUGUGGUUGGGUGCCAUUGUGAAGAUGAUGAUGAACGUGGACAUUGGUAGGCUCUGAUUGAGUUCCGAGGAAUGCCUGUUACAGGUCAAAUUUAUAUAGACCAGAACAAAACAGCUCAUUUUUAACUACUGUGCUAUCCAAACUGAGCUG